CCCUUUUCACUUUAUAUAUUUUCAAGAAUACAAAAAGCAAGAGAGAAAAGAAAAAGAGAGGAACUUUUUGCCAAAGAAAAAAAGAAAGAAAAUGGCAGCAGUAGUUGAUGCCUGCGUUUGUGAGAUCACAAAGCUAAGUGAAAAGGUCAGAGCCAAAAGCCCUUUUAUGCUGAGGAAGAAGAAAUCAUCAGUGGGGAAAGUUGUCGAAAGCAAACAAGGACAGAAGAAUUCUUCUUCUUCAACUUCAGAAAUGGAGGAAAACAAAAAUGACAACACAAUGUGUGAAGCUACUCUAUCUUUGUUAAUGGAUCGUUUUGCACCUUGUUGAUACCAUGAUAGAUGCAUGAUACUACUUGGAAGUAUAUAUAUGUAUAAUUUCUUAGUAUGCAACUAUCUAUGUAUAAAUGUUCUUGUAUAUGGUAUUUGACCUAAGAUUUCUUUUUUAAUGUCAUGUAGCUAGCCUGUUGUUUAAUUACUCAUGAUCCCAACUUAUUAACGUGAGUUGUACUUAAUGAAGGAAGCUUCUUUUUAUCAUCA